AUGGUUCAGUGGACAGCCGAGGAACGCGCUGCGAUACAGGGUGUAUUCGCGACACUCGACUACGAGUCGGUGGGCCGCGAGAGCUUGGCGAGAUGCUUGGUGGUGUACCCUUGGACUCAGCGGUACUUUGGUGGGUUUGGAAACCUGUAUAAUGCUGAGGCAAUCAUGGCUAAUCCAAACGUCGCGGCGCACGGGACUGUAGUGCUUCGAGGACUGGAGAAAGCUCUCAAAAACAUGGAUGAUAUCAAGAACACCUACACUACCCUUAGCGAGCUUCACUCAGAGAAACUGCAGGUCGACCCAGGCAAUUUCCAGCUCUUAGCUGACUGCCUGACCGUGGUGGUUGCUAAACACAUGAGGACUGAAUUCACCCCAGACAUCCAAGCUGCUUGGCAGAAGUUCCUGUCUGUUGUUAUAUCAGCCCUAAGAAGGCAGUAUCAUUAGAUUCGUCGACUGUAUACGAGGAUAUUCUUGUACUGAGAUUGUGUAAUGCAUAAUGAAAAAUAAAUGAUUGAGAUGA